AUGUUCUUUACCGGGACCUUACAAGAAGGAAUUACUCUGGCAGUUCAAGAGUCAAAAGCCGUUGUUUGCUUUGUGCCAGAUAACGGCGAGACAAGCUCAACAUGGCAGGAGGAAUACUUUCAAGGCGACGAGGAGUUUACACGACUUCUUGGAUCGCAAUCUGUCCUAUUACGCAUCGCUAAAGACAGCCAAGAAGCUGGGUUUCUAGCCUCCGUCUGUCCCAUCUCAAAGUAUCCAACGGUCGUUAUUAUUAGGAAUGGAAUGCUGCGGGAGUAUAUAGUGCCGGACAUCUCAAAAGAGGGCUUUCGCAAUCGGGUUAUGGCCGCUAUAGCUGAUAGCAAACCGCAGAGUCAGACGAUUUCUUCUUCGGUGCCUCAACAGUCCGCUCAGCAAGCUCAAGAAUUGAGCUCCCCGGCCGCACGGGCGCCACAAACUGUUACCACAGCUCCCACGCCAGCAGUCGAUACGACACGGGCCUCGAUAACUCAGGGACAAUCAAGUCAAAACGUAUCCACGAGGAGCUCAGGCGGCAGGGCAAAUGAUAUAACGUAUUCUUCAGGGUCAAGAAUGUACUCUGCAACAGUACCCCGAAAGCAAGAGAGGGAGUACGAUACGCCGCAAUCUUCUAACAAAGCUAAGGAGACGACCGAGCAAAAGAAUGAUGAUAUGAAAGGGAAGGCACCUAUACGGACAAACAAGGACGAAAAAUCAAAGAACCAAAAAUCCGCUGCUGCGUCUCCAGCCCCUCACUCAACGUCAGUGCCAGUGCCUCCAUCGCAAUACCGUCUCCAGGUCCGGCUCUUUGAUGGUAGUUCUGUCCGCUCAACGUUUUCACCCUUACAUACCAUCCGCAGUGACGUCCGUCCCUGGCUAGAUAACCAAUUGGAGGAAAAGCGACCCUAUAACCUCAAACUCAUCAUGACGCCCUUGCCGAACAAAACACUUACAAUCGCCGAAGAGGACCAGACCCUUAGUGAACUCAUAAGCGGCUCCACGGCGACCUUUGUCAUGGUGCCCAUCAAAGCAUAUACAGAAGCAUACUCGGACUCGGGAUCCUUACCUGUCCGCGCAGUGUCUUCAGCAUAUGGGUUGGUUACGUCUGUGGUUGGAGGUGCGGUGGGAUAUAUUGGGUCCUUCAUUGGUUACUCCCCGAAUAGAGCUUCAUCAUCAGAGUCCGCACCUCCUCAAUCCAGGGAGUUCCAGGCUUCCGCGGAUGCUACAAGACGGCCGCGGCAGUGGGGCGCAAAUAUUCGGACUCUUGGAGAUCAACGAGAUGGGCAGAAUAGUCAGUUCUACAAUGGGAACCAGCUUAAUUUUGAACCACGACAAGGUGAUGAUCGAUGAGAACACUUAAGCAAACAAAUACUAAGGAGAGGAGACCAUUCUUUCUAAUAUGGGUAUCUGUGUCUACCUAGGGCUCCAGAAGUAGAUUGUAGUGUCCAACAUCCUUGACAGCCCAGAUAGUCGACUUCUUAACAGAAAUUAUAGUAUACA